AUGCCUUCGACAUACAACAAAGAAAAAGAGUGGGACCACGAUGGUAUCGACCACUGGAAAAUCGACAAGUUUGAACCGUCAGACAACCUUGGAGGCACAUUCACCGAAGAGUCUUCGUUCUCGAUAUUGUUCCCCAAGUACGCAGAACUUCGCCUGAAACAGGCAUGGCCUCUAGUCACCAGAGCGCUGGAGAAGCGCGGUGUUGCAGCGGUGCUGAACCUCGUUGAGGGUACCAUGGGCGUGAAUACCACCCGGAAGACCUUCGAUCCCAGUGCGAUUCUCGAUGCGAGAGACCUGAUCAAGUUAUUAGCCCGCAGCGUUCCCGUCCAGCAGGCACUCAAGAUUCUCGAGGACGAGGUGGCCAUGGACAUUAUCAAGAUCCGGUUGCGGAAUAAAGAGAAAUUCGUCAAACGCAGGCAGCGGCUCUUGGGACCGAACGGCUCGACACUGAAGGCACUCGAGCUCCUCACCAACACAUACAUCUUGGUUCAAGGAGCUACAGUCGCGGUGAUGGGACCCUACAAAGGACUGAAGGAAGUGCGCAGAGUCGUCGAAGACUGCAUGAACAACAUCCACCCCAUCUAUCAUGUCAAAGAACUUAUGAUCAAGCGCGAGCUGGCCAAGGAUCCAACCCUGAAGAAUGAGAGUUGGGAUCGAUUCCUGCCCAACUUCAAAAAACGGACACUCUCCAAAAGACACCAGCCUUUCAAAGUCACCAACAAGGACAAGAAGCCAUACACGCCAUUUCCACCGCCACAAGAAAAGUCCAAGGUCGACUUGCAGAUCGAAAGCGGGGAGUACUUUUUGGCGAAGCACGCGAAAGAGCGGGCCAAAGAGCAGGAACGCAAGGAGAAACAACUGGAAAGAAAGCAGCAGAAGGACCAGGAGCGAGCGCAGUCCUUUGUUGCUCCCAAAGAAGAUCGGGUUGAGUCUAAGAAGCGAAAGCGGACGGAUGGCGAGAGUGCCGAUAAGCCUCAGAAGCACAAGAAAAAGGCAUCAGCGGAUACAGAUUGA